CCGCGCCCGGAGCCAGCGGCGGCGGCGGCGGCAGUGGCGGCGCAGCGGGAGCGGAGCCGGCUGCACUCCGGGGCUGGCGCUCCGCAAUGAGACAGUAGCUGCAUCCCCGCGGGCACUGCUGCAGGGUAACAUCUGGACUGGAAUCAAGGUCUCUCUGGUGCUUGGAUGUCCCUAAGUUCUUGGAUCAGCUUGUUGAAGACUGUAUUGCUGCUAGAAGCUUCUCUCGCUCCUCAGGAUCUUUCAGGGAAACUGAUACUACAUAAGUGAGAAUCUAGACUCUCUAGGUGAAACCCAUCCAGUCAUCUGUGAAAAUGGUGGCCCUGUCCUUAAAGAUCUGUGUCCGUCACUGCAAUGUGGUGAAGACCAUGCAGUUUGAGCCGUCUACAGCUGUGUAUGAUGCCUGCCGAGUCAUUCGCGAGAGAGUGCCCGAAGCACAGACGGGUCAAGCUUCUGACUACGGGCUGUUUCUCUCUGAUGAAGACCCCAGGAAAGGGAUUUGGCUCGAAGCAGGUCGGACACUGGAUUACUACAUGCUGCGGAAUGGGGACAUUUUGGAGUACAAGAAGAAGCAGAGGCCUCAGAAAAUCCGGAUGUUGGAUGGCUCUGUGAAGACAGUGAUGGUGGAUGACUCUAAGACGGUGGGGGAGCUCCUGGUCACGAUCUGCAGCAGGAUAGGAAUAACAAAUUAUGAAGAAUACUCUCUAAUCCAAGAAACCAUUGAAGAAAAGAAAGAGGAAGGGACAGGUACGCUCAAAAAAGACAGGACGUUGCUACGCGACGAGCGGAAGAUGGAGAAGCUGAAGGCCAAACUCCACACUGACGAUGACUUAAAUUGGCUGGAUCACAGCCGGACGUUCAGAGAGCAAGGGGUGGAUGAAAACGAAACAUUGCUUCUUCGGCGGAAGUUCUUCUACUCCGAUCAGAAUGUGGACUCCAGGGACCCGGUGCAGCUGAACUUGCUUUAUGUCCAGGCUCGGGAUGACAUCCUGAAUGGCUCUCAUCCUGUCUCCUUCGAGAAGGCGUGUGAGUUUGGUGGGUUCCAAGCCCAGAUACAGUUUGGCCCUCACGUGGAACAUAAACACAAGCCUGGAUUCUUAGAUCUGAAGGAAUUCCUGCCCAAAGAAUACAUCAAGCAGAGAGGAGCCGAGAAGAGGAUAUUUCAGGAACAUAAAAACUGUGGCGAGAUGAGUGAAAUAGAAGCCAAGGUCAAGUAUGUCAAACUCGCCCGCUCCCUACGGACAUACGGGGUGUCCUUUUUCCUGGUGAAGGAGAAAAUGAAAGGCAAGAACAAGCUGGUCCCCCGCCUCCUGGGCAUCACCAAGGACUCUGUCAUGCGCGUGGAUGAGAAGACCAAGGAGGUGCUGCAGGAGUGGCCGCUCACCACCGUCAAGCGCUGGGCAGCUUCACCCAAGAGCUUCACACUGGAUUUUGGGGAGUACCAGGAAAGCUACUAUUCAGUGCAAACCACAGAGGGGGAGCAGAUAUCCCAGCUGAUUGCAGGAUACAUUGACAUCAUCCUCAAAAAGAAACAAAGCAAAGAUAGAUUUGGGCUGGAAGGGGAUGAGGAGUCAACUAUGUUAGAAGAGUCAGUUUCCCCAAAAAAAUCUACCAUCUUGCAGCAGCAGUUUAACCGGACUGGGAAGGCAGAGCAUGGCUCCGUGGCUCUGCCAGCGGUCAUGCGCUCUGGCUCCAGUGGGCCUGAGACUUUCAAUGUUGGUAGCAUGCCCUCGCCACAGCAGCAGGUCAUGGUUGGACAGAUGCACCGAGGACACAUGCCUCCGCUGACUUCGGCACAGCAAGCCCUUAUGGGGACCAUCAACACAAGCAUGCACGCUGUCCAGCAGGCUCAGGACGACCUGGGCGAGCUCCACUCGCUGCCUCCUCUUGGCCAAGAUAUGGCAUCUAGAGUAUGGGUUCAGAACAAAGUGGAUGAAUCCAAACAUGAAAUCCAUUCUCAAGUAGAUGCUAUCACAGCUGGAACAGCUUCCGUUGUCAACCUUACAGCAGGUGACCCCGCAGACACUGACUACACAGCUGUGGGCUGUGCGAUCACUACAAUUUCUUCCAACCUGACCGAAAUGUCCAAGGGCGUCAAGCUGCUGGCCGCCCUCAUGGACGAUGAUGUGGGCAGUGGGGAAGACCUUCUCAGAGCUGCCAGGACCCUCGCCGGGGCCGUGUCGGAUUUGCUGAAGGCCGUGCAGCCUACUUCUGGAGAGCCUCGACAGACUGUUUUGACGGCUGCCGGGAGCAUUGGCCAAGCCAGCGGAGAUCUCCUGAGACAAAUCGGAGAGAACGAGACAGACGAGCGAUUCCAAGAUGUUUUAAUGAGUCUGGCUAAAGCUGUUGCCAAUGCUGCUGCCAUGCUCGUGCUGAAGGCGAAGAACGUGGCCCAAGUGGCUGAAGACACCGUCCUACAGAACAGGGUGAUCGCUGCAGCCACCCAGUGUGCCCUCUCCACCUCCCAGCUUGUGGCGUGUGCUAAGGUUGUGAGCCCCACCAUCAGCUCUCCUGUGUGCCAGGAGCAGCUGAUUGAGGCCGGGAAGCUGGUGGACCGCUCUGUGGAGAACUGUGUCCGAGCCUGCCAGGCAGCCACCGGUGACAGUGAGCUCCUGAAGCAGGUCAGCGCGGCGGCCAGUGUGGUCAGCCAGGCCCUGCACGACCUCCUGCAGCACGUGCGGCAGUUCGCCAGCCGAGGCGAGCCCAUUGGCCGCUAUGACCAGGCCACCGACACCAUCAUGUGUGUCACCGAGAGCAUCUUCAGUUCCAUGGGCGAUGCCGGUGAGAUGGUGCGCCAAGCCCGGGUGCUGGCCCAGGCCACAUCAGAUCUUGUCAAUGCCAUGAGGUCAGAUGCAGAGGCUGAGAUUGACAUGGAGAAUUCCAAGAAGCUCCUGGCAGCUGCCAAGCUCUUGGCUGAUUCCACUGCCCGAAUGGUAGAAGCUGCAAAGGGAGCUGCAGCCAACCCAGAAAACGAAGACCAGCAACAAAGGCUCAGAGAGGCCGCCGAGGGUCUCCGAGUAGCAACCAACGCCGCUGCGCAGAAUGCUAUUAAGAAAAAAAUCGUGAACCGGCUGGAGGUUGCAGCCAAACAGGCUGCAGCUGCUGCCACGCAGACCAUUGCAGCCUCUCAGAAUGCAGCCAUCUCCAACAAGAACCCUUCAGCCCAGCAGCAACUGGUCCAGAGCUGCAAGGCAGUGGCAGAUCACAUCCCUCAGCUAGUACAGGGGGUGAGGGGCAGCCAAGCUCAAGCCGAAGACCUCAGCGCCCAGCUGGCUCUCAUCAUCUCCAGCCAGAACUUCUUGCAGCCUGGAAGCAAGAUGGUGUCCUCAGCCAAAGCGGCGGUCCCCACUGUGAGUGACCAGGCUGCCGCCAUGCAGCUGAGUCAGUGUGCCAAGAACCUGGCCACCAGCCUGGCCGAGCUGCGCACUGCUUCACAGAAGGCUCAUGAGGCGUGCGGUCCCAUGGAAAUUGAUUCUGCACUGAACACAGUGCAGACUCUCAAGAAUGAGCUGCAGGACGCCAAGAUGGCUGCUGCAGAAAGUCAACUGAAACCACUUCCGGGAGAAACGCUAGAAAAGUGUGCUCAGGACCUGGGAAGCACGUCCAAGGGAGUGGGCUCCUCCAUGGCGCAGCUCCUCACCUGCGCCGCUCAGGGCAACGAGCACUACACAGGAGUGGCGGCUAGAGAAACAGCCCAAGCUCUGAAAACACUGGCGCAGGCUGCUCGGGGAGUGGCGGCAUCCACAAAUGACCCUGAGGCUGCUCACGCCAUGUUAGAUUCGGCUCGGGAUGUGAUGGAGGGCUCCGCCAUGCUCAUCCAAGAAGCCAAGCAGGCCCUAAUUGCGCCUGGAGAUACAGAAAGUCAGCAGAGAUUAGCCCAGGUGGCCAAAGCCGUGUCUCACUCCCUGAAUAACUGCGUGAACUGCCUCCCUGGGCAGAAGGAUGUGGACGUCGCCUUGAAGAGCAUUGGGGAGUCCAGCAAGAAGCUGCUUGUAGAUUCGCUACCUCCCAGCACAAAGCCUUUCCAGGAAGCCCAGAGUGAGCUGAACCAGGCUGCUGCUGAUCUGAACCAGUCUGCUGGGGAAGUCGUCCACGCCACACGGGGCCAGAGUGGAGAGCUGGCGGCCGCUUCUGGAAAGUUCAGUGAUGACUUUGACGAGUUCCUGGAUGCUGGCAUUGAGAUGGCUGGCCAGGCGCAGACGAAAGAAGACCAGAUGCAGGUGAUAGGGAACCUUAAGAAUAUCUCUAUGGCAUCCAGCAAGCUUCUGUUAGCUGCCAAGUCUCUCUCUGUAGAUCCUGGAGCUCCCAACGCAAAGAAUCUACUGGCUGCAGCUGCAAGAGCUGUGACAGAAAGCAUCAACCAGCUCAUCAUGCUGUGUACUCAGCAGGCCCCUGGGCAGAAGGAGUGUGACAACGCCCUGCGGGAGCUUGAGACUGUCAAGGGGAUGUUGGAAAACCCUAACGAACCUGUGAGUGACCUCUCUUACUUUGACUGCAUUGAGAGUGUGAUGGAAAACUCCAAGGUUCUAGGCGAGUCAAUGGCUGGGAUUUCACAGAAUGCCAAGACUGGGGACCUCCCUGCCUUCGGAGAAUGUGUGGGGAUUGCAUCCAAGGCUCUGUGUGGACUGACAGAGGCAGCAGCCCAGGCUGCAUACCUUGUUGGCAUCUCCGAUCCAAACAGCCAGGCUGGCCACCAAGGCCUGGUGGACCCCAUCCAGUUUGCCAGGGCUAACCAGGCGAUCCAGAUGGCAUGCCAGAACUUGGUGGACCCAGGCAGCAGCCCAUCACAGGUUCUGUCAGCCGCCACUAUCGUUGCCAAACAUACCUCAGCCUUGUGCAAUGCCUGCCGCAUCGCCUCAUCCAAGACAGCCAACCCUGUGGCCAAGAGGCACUUUGUCCAGUCAGCCAAGGAGGUCGCCAACAGCACCGCCAACCUGGUCAAGACCAUCAAGGCCCUGGAUGGGGAUUUCUCUGAAGAUAACCGAAACAAGUGUCGAAUUGCUACCACACCCUUGAUCGAAGCUGUGGAGAACCUAACAGCCUUUGCAUCAAACCCUGAGUUUGUCAGCAUUCCUGCUCAGAUCAGCUCUGAGGGCUCCCAGGCACAGGAACCAAUCUUGGUCUCAGCCAAGACCAUGCUGGAGAGCUCAUCAUACCUCAUCCGCACUGCACGAUCCCUGGCCAUCAACCCCAAAGAUCCGCCCACCUGGUCCGUGUUGGCCGGACAUUCCCACACUGUGUCUGACUCCAUUAAGAGUCUCAUCACGUCUAUCAGGGACAAGGCCCCUGGGCAGAGGGAGUGUGACUACUCCAUUGAUGGCAUCAACCGAUGCAUCAGGGACAUCGAGCAGGCCUCCCUGGCCGCGGUCAGCCAGAGCCUGGCCACGAGGGAUGACAUCUCGGUGGAGGCCUUGCAGGAGCAGCUGACCUCGGUGGUCCAGGAAAUUGGGCAUCUUAUUGACCCUAUUGCCACAGCAGCCCGGGGAGAAGCUGCCCAGCUGGGACAUAAGGUGACACAGCUGGCAAGCUACUUUGAGCCCUUGAUCUUAGCUGCAGUUGGUGUCGCCUCUAAGAUGCUGGACCAUCAACAACAGAUGACAGUGCUGGACCAGACCAAGACUCUCGCAGAGUCUGCUCUGCAGAUGCUGUACGCAGCCAAGGAAGGUGGAGGGAACCCCAAGGCCCAGCACACCCACGACGCCAUCACUGAGGCUGCACAGCUGAUGAAGGAAGCUGUGGAUGAUAUUAUGGUGACACUGAAUGAAGCUGCCAGUGAAGUGGGGCUGGUGGGAGGCAUGGUGGAUGCCAUUGCAGAGGCCAUGAGCAAGCUGGAUGAAGGCACACCUCCAGAACCAAAGGGAACAUUUGUUGACUACCAGACAACUGUGGUUAAAUACUCCAAAGCCAUCGCCGUCACUGCUCAGGAAAUGAUGACUAAGUCGGUUACUAACCCGGAGGAGCUGGGCGGCCUGGCUUCACAAAUGACCACUGACUAUGGGCACCUGGCUCUCCAGGGCCAGAUGGCAGCAGCCACCGCCGAACCAGAGGAGAUCGGAUUCCAGAUUCGCACACGUGUGCAGGACCUGGGCCACGGCUGUAUCUUCCUGGUGCAGAAGGCGGGAGCCCUCCAGGUGUGCCCCACAGACAGCUAUACCAAGAGGGAGCUGAUCGAGUGUGCCCGCUCCGUCACUGAGAAGGUGUCCUUGGUGCUGUCCGCUCUCCAGGCUGGGAACAAGGGCACCCAGGCAUGCAUCACAGCGGCCACUGCUGUUUCUGGGAUCAUUGCCGACCUGGAUACUACCAUCAUGUUUGCAACAGCUGGGACCCUGAAUGCAGAGAACGGCGAGACCUUUGCAGAUCACAGGGAGAACAUUCUGAAGACAGCCAAGGCCUUGGUGGAAGACACGAAGCUGCUUGUGUCAGGAGCGGCAUCCACUCCAGAGAAGCUGGCCCAGGCAGCUCAGUCCUCUGCAGCCACCAUCACCCAGCUUGCUGAGGUGGUCAAGCUAGGGGCUGCCAGCCUGGGCUCCAAUGACCCUGAGACCCAGGUGGUACUGAUAAAUGCCAUCAAAGACGUGGCCAAGGCCCUUUCUGAUCUCAUUGGUGCUACCAAGGGAGCUGCCAGCAAGCCAGCUGAUGACCCCUCCAUGUACCUGCUCAAAGGGGCCGCCAAGGUGAUGGUGACCAAUGUCACCUCCCUUCUUAAGACUGUGAAGGCCGUGGAAGAUGAGGCCACCCGGGGCACAAGGGCACUUGAGGCCACCAUCGAGUACAUAAAACAGGAGCUGACGGUGUUCCAGUCAAAAGACAUACCUGAGAAGACAUCCUCACCUGAAGAAUCAAUAAGAAUGACGAAAGGCAUCACCAUGGCAACAGCCAAAGCCGUGGCAGCUGGGAACUCCUGUAGACAGGAGGAUGUGAUUGCAACCGCCAAUCUGAGCAGGAAGGCUGUCUCAGAUAUGCUGACAGCAUGCAAGCAAGCAUCCUUCUACCCUGAUGUCAGUGAAGAGGUACGAACCAGAGCCUUGCGGUAUGGCACAGAAUGCACCCUGGGCUACCUGGACCUUCUGGAACACGUCUUGGUGAUCCUUCAGAAGCCAACCCCAGAAGCCAAGCACCAGCUGGCUGCUUUCUCCAAGAGGGUUGCUGGUGCUGUGACGGAGCUCAUCCAGGCAGCGGAGGCCAUGAAAGGAACAGAGUGGGUGGAUCCGGAAGACCCAACCGUCAUUGCAGAAACUGAGUUACUGGGAGCUGCGGCAUCCAUUGAAGCCGCUGCCAAGAAGUUAGAGCAACUGAAGCCAAGAGCAAAACCAAAGCAAGCAGACGAAAACCUGGAUUUUGAAGAACAGAUCUUAGAAGCUGCUAAAUCCAUUGCUGCUGCCACAAGUGCCCUGGUCAAAUCAGCCUCAGCAGCGCAGAGGGAGCUGGUAGCCCAAGGCAAGGUGGGCUCCAUCCCUGCCAAUGCUGUUGACGACGGACAGUGGUCACAGGGGCUGAUCUCUGCCGCCCGGAUGGUGGCGGCAGCAACCAGCAGCCUCUGUGAGGCAGCCAAUGCCUCUGUGCAGGGACAUGCCAGUGAAGAAAAGCUCAUCUCAUCCGCUAAGCAGGUUGCAGCUUCAACUGCUCAGCUGCUGGUGGCCUGCAAGGUGAAGGCCGACCAGGAUUCAGAGGCCAUGAAGCGGCUACAGGUAAUGGUCAGUGAUGCUGGUGGGAAAAUACUCCUGUUGGAGCGGGCAGCAGGAAACGCUGUGAAAAGAGCCUCAGACAAUCUUGUCCGUGCAGCCCAGAAGGCAGCAUUUGGCAAAGCUGAUGAUGACGAUGUCGUCGUGAAAACAAAGUUUGUGGGCGGCAUCGCUCAGAUCAUCGCAGCCCAGGAAGAAAUGCUGAAGAAAGAACGAGAGCUGGAGGAAGCCAGGAAGAAGCUGGCCCAGAUCCGCCAGCAGCAGUAUAAGUUCCUACCCACCGAGCUGAGGGAAGAUGAGGGCUAAGCCCCGCCCACGAUGGCGAGCCCCAGGAGGUGGUUCCCACCCCCACAGCAAGAACUGGACAGACCAGUGUUCCCGAGAGCCAGGAACUUCCUGGAAACUGCUGGCCCUCCACCUGGAGUCUCUUUCUCACCUCUCCUGUCACCAUCGGCUGCAUGAUCAUGGUGUCACACGGUACAGUGUCCCUCCCGCAGCUCCCGCAGCUCCCCUCAGGCCUCGCUGUAUCUCAGGAGAGAGGGGUGCGCAUUUCAUGGACUGAUAGCAAAAAGAGAGAAGUCAGUAUUAUGUCAUUCUCGGACACCUUUACUCUCUGUCCUCCAAGACUGCUCCAGGGCCUCUCUGUGAAAUCACACUAGGAAAAGGACAUCAGUACUAACCCACAAUGGCUCCCAGGAAUCGUCAGUAUCAUGGACACAGAUAUCCUCUCUGGAGAGAGAAGACAGAAGCUGCAGCUGGACACUGUUAAUAAAGCCAGAAACACUCCCAGGUGGACUCUGGGGUCUAAGGUCACAGAGGUCCUUGUAAGUUUGGAGCACUGAUUCACCCAUGGGGGUGAAGAACCCCCGCCCCGUUUGCACGCUUUUCUUGCCUCAGUGUGUAAGCUCCUCGUACAAUCUACACCCAUCUUGUAUUCUGUGGCCCAGAAAAAUGGAAGUUAUUUUAUUUUUAUUUUUUUUCCCCUCCGUAAUCCAAAGGGCAGAGUUGUGGGAAGUGGCCAGGGUCAGGUGGGCAGGGGCCAGAAUAAAAGACUGGGCUCCUUCCUCCUCUGCAAGGCUGUUUCGGUUUAUGUAGAUGCACGCACACCAGCUGUGUCCCUGACGGCUCUCAGUGGGGCGCCUCCCGGAGGAAGAGUGAGGUAGGACUUAGGAGGGAAUGAGGACUCUCCCAUGGUCGAGCGCCAUUAUCAGUGUCUGUGCUCUUCAGAGGAGCCCCGUUCAAGACGGGAAGCUGUGUGUUUUGAACUUUUUCACCUUCGACCCCAAGAGGGUAUUUCCUACCCUGUAUCUUAAUAUUCCCCAAAUCUAAAUCCACACGGGCCUGAGUGACAGCUUGUUGUUGCCUGGGCGUCGUCACAGUACAUCAUUUGGGUGCUGAGCUUUCAGCCCUACAUAUUUCUUCCCCUCGUGUCUUCCCUCUCAGGGCCCUCUUCUGGAAAAAACAUCCUAGAUCCCUGAGUUUACAGUUGAUCUGAGCUUCUAACCCAAGCAGAUGGAUGAAGGAUGAACGAGCUGAGGCCAAGGGGCUAAAUACUAUGUCUUGGCAUGUUUUAGUGAUUUCAUGAAGAGUUAGUAGGGUCAUGCUGGGCCAGGGCUCCGUUGGUAGUGUUUGCCUGGCUAGUGUGCACAGAGCCCUGGGUCCCGUCACUGGUGUCACAUAAGCUUGGUGUGGUGGCACGUGCCUGUAAUCCCAGCACUAGGGAGGUGGAGGCAGGAGAAUCGGAAGAUCAAGGUUAUUCUUGGCUUCCCAGUGAGGUAUAGAGCAGCCUUGGCUACGUGAGAUAGGCAGCUGCGUGGGGAGAAAAAGUAAUAGAGGCGUGCAGUUUUUCAAGAGUAGUGGCUGCAGAAGGCAGGCUUUCUCCUCCCUUAGCGCUACCAGUGCUACACUCUGAGAUGCACUCAGCGCUUGUGUCUGGACUUUUUUUUUUUUUUUUAACCAAAGAGAAAAUACCGGUACUCUGGUCCUCAAAAGGAAAAAAGGGAGAAUCAGCCUUCAGCCUUGCCAGAUGAGUCUUCCGUGCUGCAGCUCUAAAACAUAAUUACAUCUGACAGCUUCCCAGAUGUGUAGAGACGGAUAAUUGCGGCACAUAGAGAUCCCUCCCAGACAGGUAGAAGGUUAUACAAAGUGUGGUGUGAGUGAGCAGCAAGUGGAGGGCACGCCAGCAUCAGAGGCAAUAGAGGAGGGCUGCUGGAGAGCCCUGGGCACUGGGCGGGGGGCCGGGUGCUGGGGGCCUUGAAGCUCCUGGAGAAGCAAAUGCUCCUGCUCAUCCUCUUUGAGUGUAACUCUUCAUGUCUUCUCUGGGUGGGUACUUUCCAAAACUGUUAAUCCAGACCCCAAAGUUCAUGAUCAAGAUGUGGCCUCUCAUGGUAGGACAGGAGGCCCUCCUGCAGCCCACUCACCCUCUUUCCUAUACCGGGCAGCUGCCCCUCAUCCCUCCUUCCACCUGUCCCUUGUCACCUUGGAUGUCCCAGGGGCAGGGCAGGGACACAGGCCGAGUUCUCUGCCCUUGCCCCAGGGUCAUUUAAAACCUCCACGAUAAGGAUAAGGAUAAGAGAGAAGACCUCUAAAGGAUGAAAAGCCAAAGGCUCUUUCCAGCUGUGCAGAGUUUCAGGACAGUAGGAGUGUGCCUGGAGUGCUGUGCCACUAGGGACUUUGGGGGGGGGGGUUUCCAGGUAUCACUCGCCACCAUCACGGUCCUGUUUCUCACCUAGCCCUUGCUUGCCCAUGCUGUGUCCAGGUAUGUGAAUGUCACUGUGGCUGGCUGCAUCUCUCCAGAUGUCAUAAAAUGGCCAAAAUGCUAGGCUGUGGGCAUUACUCACAUGCUGUUUCUGUUGUUCCCUUAGGCACCGAGGGGACAUCUGGCUCCUAAGGGAGAAAGAAUGUGGGUGCAGUGGAUUGCAUUCUGAAGUAGUUUCAAGCCAAAGUGGCCCAAGGCCUAGGGCAUGGCACUCAUCCCACUGUGAGAGGGGCUAGGCAUGCAGAUGAGUGUUCUCCAACCUCUCUGUCCCAUGAGGGAGGCUGACAUUGUGCGUGGAAUCCUUAGACUGAUCUUUCUGUCCAGAAUUUCCAGUUUUGAUGAUCAAAAGAACAUUGUCCCUGGUGGCUGGGAAAUUACGUUUGGCUUGCUUGUGCCUUUCAGAGGUCUUUGGAUCAGGAUGCAGAGGCUGUGUUCAGUCAGACAGCCAUGGGCAGCGCUUCCACCGGCCUGUUGGGGGGUGGUCGUAGAGGUCAUCAUAAGCAGAUACUUGGACCUGGGCAGUCCUCCAGUUGUCAUGGUGGUUUCCUGAGGCAGCCGCCCUGGCUUCAGUCUGUGCCAGGCUCUCAGGGCUAAGCCACCAGCAGUUGUGCUGGCACACGCUCUUAGUCCAGAAAAUCCUCUCAGCUUUCCAUCAGAUUCAUCUGUUUGUUUCCUGAGCACUCCAUCAGCUGCUGAGAGUGCAGGCAACUGAAACCAAUUCCUAAUUUGUUUAAAAAAAACAAAAAACAAACCAGUAUAACCAGGUGUGGUGGCAUACGAUUAUAAUGCCAGCACUUGUGGGCAAGAGAAUCAUAAGUUUAAGGCCAGCCUGGGCUGGGUAGCAAGAUCCUAUCUCAAAAAAACCAAAGGCUAGUGGGUGUAGCUUCGUGUUAGAAUAUUUGCCUAGUAGGUGCGUGGUCCUGGGUUUGUUCCCAUCAACACGUAUGAAAUUUAGCCAGUAAGUACCACCACAUGAAGGAAUGUAUUUAUUGCCACCACCUAAGUGACUCCAGAACCGAAACCUCAUGAAGGAACCAGGGUGGAGAUGGUGAGACGUGCUCUCUUCGCCCUUCUUUCCUCCCUAGCAGUAGUCCCCCAAACCUCCCUGAGCUCUGCAAUUCUAGGCUACGGCAGCACCUCUGAGAUGCAGAGUUUAAGAUCCCAGCACAGACUGUCUGUGCCCUGCUCAGACCACUACAGAAAACAAAACAGUCUGUGAUAGAGGGUACAGAUACAUGUAAGAGGCUGAGCAAGAUGCAAGGAACUGGAAGGAAAUGUUUGCUUUCAGGCUGAGAGGCAACCAUUUCCAGAGUCCUGAAAGCCGAAGUCUUGGGGGCUGUGCUGGCGGCUCAGGUCUUCCCUCUCCACAGAGUCAGCAACCGCUGCCAGGGAAGGCAUCCUCCACACAUCCCGACACCGGGGCUCUAUCGCUCUGAGCUUGCACUUGGUGUAUUAAGGCUAUAGUCGUUGGGAGUGAGCAUGAAGGUGGGCCUUCCGGUACUCUGACAAGAGUAGGAAGAAGAGGUGUCGCUUUUCUGUGAGGCGGGCUAGGUUGCAUCUGGUCUUCCUGGAACCCAGCCCCCUGCCCACCAAGAAGCAACAGCAUGCGAGGCCCUCUGUAGCCGUGUCUCCCAGAGACAAGAAAGGGAAGCUCUGCCCUUGUCACAAUGUUUAAUCCCAUGAAUUAAUUUAUCUACUCACAUAAAUUAUUUUUUUUAUUCAUCAGAAAUAAACUUUUAAAGGAA